AUGGCCGCUGCUCAAACUGAAGAGUUGGUAACCAGAAAAGGGACUCAUGUUACGUCGAUUAUAUGGAAGUGGUUCGGCUUUGACAAGGCUGACGUGGAGCAGACUACAGUCGUGUGCAAGGUUUUCCGAAAUGCUAUCAAAACCAAGAGUAGCAGCACAACUAACUUGUUUCAGCAUCUCCGGCAAAAGCACCCCACAGAAUGGGAGCAGUGCUCGCAGCUUCGGGAGUGCAGCGUGGGUAGCACGAGCAAAGACAAACACGACCACGCCGGGAAAAGACAACAAACUUUAGCCGCCUCAUUUUCUAAAGCCGUGCCGUACGACAAGUGUAGUGCGCGGUGGAAGCAGAAGAAUGAAAGCGGUGUAUCCAUUCUCAAAGUCAGUGCGGUGCAGACGACAAACGCAGCCAAGUGA